CAAGUAAUGGCCGAAAGAUCGGAUCGUGUCCGUAUUUAUCAGUGUUAGCCUUAUUUUGUAAUGUUCUUCCACAAUAGCGUUUAUCUAUUGCUUGUUAAGGCUGAAAAAACAUUUGUGUAAAUAUUUUGUCCCUAUAAGACUCGUGUGUUAUUUGUGUUGACGGUAUAAUAUCGAAAAGUUUGUGAUGUGAUUUCGAAUGAAAUAUUGUUAUUGGUCAAACAUCAGCCGUCAUGCUGAUCCGCAGUGAGCAGCCAGCUACGCCGUGUGUCGCGCGCGCGUGUGUGUGAAGUGUACAGUGUUAGUGUCGGUGUACGUGUUAGUGCGGUGACGAGGUUAUACCCACCGGAUGGUGGCAGCAUGGCGUUCAUAAUGAAGAAGAAACGCUACAAGUUCGGCGUGCAAGUGUGCCUCGAGGAGCUGACCGAGGUGCCGUUUGUGGCAGCGGUGCUGUUCGCGAAGGUCCGGCUGCAGGACGGUGGAAACUUUCAGGAUCAUUCGAGCAGGGAGGAGGUCCGCGACCACGCGGUGCGGUGGAACGCGCAGUUCUCGUUCGUGUGCAAGAUGUGCGCGAACGCGAACACGGGCGUGCUAGAGCCGGCGCUGCUGCGCGUGUCCGUGCGCAAGGAGUGCAAAGGCGGUCGUUCAUACCAGAAGCUGGGCUUUUGCGACGUGAACCUCGCCGAGCUGGCCGGCAGCGGCGAGACGGUGCGCCGCUGCUUGCUCGAGGGGUACGACAAGCGGCGGCCGGACAACUCCGUGCUAAGGAUACGUAUCAAGAUGAACAUGAUCUCUGGAGACCCGCUGUUCAAAGUACCUGAGCGCAAGCAAGACGCGGCGGAGAGCGCGGGCGGCGCGGCGGACAGCGGCUCGGAGAGCGCGCCCGCGCCGGACGACGACUGCGGCUCCUCCACCGCCAGCUCGGGCUUCGGCUCGCUCACCAAGAAGAAGAGCUACGAAGGUGGUCACACACAACCCCUAUCUUCGUUACCCUCCUGCGACCUCCCCUCGCCAGAUAGCGAGGAGCCCCCUUCACUGCCUGACUGUCCGACGAGUCUCACAGUAUCAAUGGGCGGUAUGGGCGUGGUGGGGGGAGUGGGGGCACCGAGCACAGUCGGCGCGUGCGCAGAGUGCCAGCAGCCGCACACACACUCGCGCAACUCGUCCAACACGUCCGGGGACAUGAGCAGUAAGGCAUCCGGCUACGGCAGCUCCGUGUCGGCCGCGUCGGCGCACUCGCGGCAGAGCUCCGAGGGGGACUCGGCGCCGGACAGACCGCACCACAAUAGUUUACGCGUAGAGCGAACGACGAGGACCACGACCACGCUAUACGUGCCCCGGGCGGGCUGCAAGCACACGGGCCGGCUCGCCAAGCUCGUGAUCGAGCGCACCCUCACCGACACGUCCGACCUGUACCUCUCCCCCGACUCGACCCCCUCCGACGCGUACCUCACCCCCAACGCGACCCUCACAGCGCAGCCCGACGUCAUCCCGCGCUACAUACAGUCGCCGGCGAGCGACGAAUACCGGACCCCGGACAGCACGGUCAUAGAGGACGGCUCCUUCGCGAUGCCCACCUACUUCGACCAGAAAAAACGGGCAGUAUCCGUGAUCUCCUCAGUCGUUCAGCCGCUCACGAACUUCCAAAUACUGAAACAGAAGUCGCUCAACACGAUCCCGGCGCUCGUCGAGAAGAACAGAAAGAACGAGGAGCUGUUCACGAACUUCCCGUUCCUGACGCCGCUCGCACACAGGAAGAACUCGCUGGUCGCGAACCGGCUGUCCGGGUGUCUCGAGGACGAGUUCUACUGCAUACCCUCGGAGACGGAGGACCAGAUGGAGCGGAUAGACGUGAGGCACAGGUUUAAGAGCGUGUCGAACAGGGCGCUGAACGAGCCGCUGACGUCGACGCCCAAGGCCGGCGCCGAGCUGCUGCGGCACAGCGUGGCCGAGUGCGCCAGGAACCCGUCCUCCGGCUCGCUGACCGCGUCCGCGUCCGAGUCGGGCUCGCUGGAGCGCGCGCGCGCUGCGCUCGAGCGCCGCAAGCGAGCCACCGCACCGCCGCCGCAGGAUGACACGCAGCACGCGGUGUCAUGUCGCGUGGAGAACACGCGCGUGAAUCCGGACUCUCUUAUCGACGAGCUGCUCGCCGCCACCGACUUGAAACAGGCGGUCGACGACGCUGCUGAGACAUCAGGGCUGCAGCUGUUCAUAACGCGCGACGGCACCGCGGAGCUGGGCUCCCGGCAGCGGCAGCAGCUCGCGCGGCGCGACUACCAGCGCGUCGUGCUGCACCCGCACCCGCACCCGCACCCACGCGACCACAGGAUCCCUUCUGCCAGGUAGCCAACGGUGUGAGAGCGCGGGCCCGCGCGCGCCCUACAGACCCGACACUUGAUACCUGCACCGUGUUGCCGCGUGUUGCUGCGUGUUGCUGCAUGUUGCUACGUGUUGCAUCGUGUUACUGCGUGUUGCAUCGUGUUACUGCGUGAAGCAGCGUGUUAUCGCGUGUUGAAACGUGUUUCCGCGUGUUUCUCCAUGUUGCAUCGUGUUGCACCGUGUUGCAGUGUCAGUGCGGUGUUAACGUGCGGCUCUAGUUAGUGUGUAUGGGAUAAUUGUCGAUAUUUAUUGUGUAUGGUGGUCGUCACGUCGCUACCGGCUCGAGCACCUAACUAGCAGUAUUGAUGUUGCUUGGCGUAUGUUAAGUGAUUUUGUUUCUUGAAAGUAAAUAAUGGACGUUAAAAGUAUGUAAAAUUUUAAUUUAAAAACAUAUUCCCUAGAGGAAUAAAGGGGAGAUUAUUGAGAAUAAUGGAGGAAAUUUUAUGCAAAACUUCAACUGAGAGAUAAUUGUCUCGGAAAGAAUAAUAUGAAAUAUGGAAUAAUGUUUAUAUUU